CACGCAGAGCCGAGAGGAGCAACAACGACUCCUCCGCAGCUCAACGUGGACAAUUUUUUUUUUAAUUUAAAAUCAAUGUGACACUUCGAAACAACGUCUCCACAUCACGGCUGAAGCAAUGGGAGCGUUUGGAGGCAUAAUAAGGAUUUUACAAUAUGCGGGACUUUACAUUCAACUUCACGCAGCGUUCAGCGUCGCUGUCGGCGGGGACGUGGACAACCACGUCUCUGGGAAUGCCCUCUUUACCGAGGUGCCACAUGACAUCACAACGCAGAGUGGCGAGGAUGUAGAAAUGGCUUGUUCCUUCCGUGGGGCAGGUUCAUCCUCUUUCUCCUUGGAGAUCCAAUGGUGGUACAUCAAGAACCACAUUCACUGGCAGGAGACGUCAGAGCAGACCACUAAUCAUGUUGUACCCCCACAGGAGACAUCCAAAGAAGGUACCAAAAUUAGUGUGGUGAAAGUGGCUGGCAGCAACAUCUCCCAUAAGCUCCGCCUGUCUAGCGUGAAGCCAUCAGAUGAGGGCACGUAUGAAUGUCGCGUGAUCGACUUCAGCGGUACCGUGGCGCAACACCACUGUGUUCACGCCUACCUUCAAGUGAAGGCCAAGAGGAGUCAUAGUCCUGAAGAUGUCCAGUGGAAACAGCAGGUACCCGAUCAGACCGGGCCGAGGGACUGAAGAGGAG